AUGAGAAAGAUGUCAGAGGAAGAGGAGUUUUAUCUGUUCAAAAAUCUCUCUUCAGUGAAGCCGUGGGAUGGGCCUCAGUACCACAUUGCCCCUGUCUGGGCCUUCUACCUCCAGGCAGCUUUCAUGGGCAUUGUCUUCCUUGCAGGGUUUCCACUCAAUGCCAUGGUGCUGGUGGCCACAGUGCGCUACAAAAAGUUGCGGCAGCCCCUCAAUUACAUUCUGGUCAACGUGUCCUUUGGAGGCUUCCUCCUCUGCAUCUUCUCUGUCUUCCCUGUCUUUGUCAACAGCUGUAAAGGAUACUUCGUCUUUGGUCGCCAUGUUUGUGCUUUCGAGGCCUUCCUGGGCACUGUAGCAGGUCUGGUGACAGGCUGGUCACUGGCCUUCCUGGCCUUUGAGCGCUACAUUGUCAUCUGUAAGCCCUUCGGCAACUUCCGCUUCAGCUCCAAGCAUGCACUGACGGUGGUCCUGGCUACCUGGACCAUUGGUAUUGGCGUCUCCAUCCCACCCUUCUUUGGCUGGAGCCGGUUCAUCCCUGAGGGCUUGCAGUGCUCCUGUGGCCCUGACUGGUACACCGUGGGCACCAAAUACCGCAGCGAGUCCUAUACGUGGUUCCUCUUCAUCUUCUGCUUCAUUGUGCCUCUCUCCCUCAUCUGCUUCUCCUACACUCAGCUGCUGAGGGCCCUGAAAGCUGUUGCAGCUCAGCAGCAGGAGUCAGCUACGACCCAGAAGGCUGAACGGGAGGUGAGCCGCAUGGUGGUUGUGAUGGUAGGAUCCUUCUGUGUCUGCUACGUGCCCUAUGCAGCCUUCGCCAUGUACAUGGUCAACAACCGUAACCAUGGGCUGGACUUACGGCUUGUCACCAUUCCUGCAUUCUUCUCCAAGAGUGCUUGCAUCUACAAUCCCAUCAUCUACUGCUUCAUGAAUAAGCAGUUCCAAGCUCACAUCAUGAAGAUGGUGUGUGGGAAGGCCAUGACAGACGAAUCCGACAUAAGCAGCUCCCAGAAAACAGAAGUUUCUACUGUCUCGUCUAGCCAAGUUGGCCCCAACUGAGGACCCAAUAUUGGCCUGUUUGCAACAACCAGAAUUAAAUUUUAAGUAAGUUUCUAUUGUCUCUGUCAGAAACCAAACUACUAAAAACACAAAAAAGAUGGUAAGAGGAGUGAUGGCAGUUUGG